UCGCGUCGUCUUCAGUUCAACCGAAACCGAAUCAGUGUGUCUCCGGCUUCACUGCAUCAUCAUUAUCAUCAUCGAAGGACCAAUACUCCAAGUGCUCGUGAGUGCGUGUAUGUGUGUAAGACCGCGCCAGUGAGUGUGUGAGUGUGCGCCCGCGUUUACGUAUAUAAUAUCGUUUAUUGGCGUCCGUAGUUUUCCACUAGACACUAGACCGAUUUACAUACUAUAUAUCCACAUAGUCUAGGGUGGACACUAACAAUUAACAUUUUGCCAGCUUCUGUGAUUUCUGCAGAGCUUGCCCCAAAGCGGAACUUGUCAACGAACCGUAGCAGUAAACGCACUUCCUUCAGUGCCGCUUUUGUCGCUGUUGUCGUCGCCUGUCUCCCAACUCCAACUCCUACACCAGUUUCCUGAGCGCCUUUUAUCAGCCAUGAAACGUUUGCCACUGAUUGCCAGUGCUUGUCUGGCUUUGGUGUUGAUGUCAUCCUGUUUGAUUGGCAGCACCGAGGCUAAGAAGAAGAAAUAUGUUGGCGAAACUGGCGGUGAUUUUGAGUUUAUCGAUGAGAUAAACAAAAAUACUCAAAAUAGCAAGAACAUUGGUGAUCGCAAACGUUGGAUACACGAUCCCUCAAGUGACCUUUGCCGGCCAUUGAAUUGCAAAAAGAGAGAAAUUUGCCUACUCGAGGAUGAGUACAGUGCCGUUUGCGUGUCGAAGAAGGAAUUGCAUAAGAAUCGUGAUGAGAUAAUCACCAAGGCCAAGUAUAUGGAGGAGGAAGCCAAAAGGCGUGUCAAUCAACAAGAUAACGAUAGCCAGGACGUUGAGGAUAUCAACAAUGAUGAUGAGGACACCAGCAGUAGCAGCAGCAGCAGCAGCGGCAGCGACAAUGCCAACAUCAACACAAAUACCAACAAUGCCCAGGCCAAUGUUCAAGGGAAUGAGGAUAACGACGACGAAGAUAAAAGUCUCAGCCUGGGUGACGAUGAUGAGUCCAAGGAGGAUGAUGUCUUCUACGAGAACAACAUUGCCGCCAGCGAUAAGCAGCAGCAACAGCAACAGCAGCAACAACAACAGCAACCAGCACCCUCCAUCCAACAGGACGAUGAUGAGGAAUUAGACAACUGCAAGCCGUGCCCCGUGGCCAAGCCGACGUUCCUUUGCGGAGCGGACAACAGGACCUACUCAUCACUAUGCAGAUUGGAUUAUCACAAUUGCAUACAUUCGACAUCCAUACGGAUUGCCUGCAAAGGAUUCUGUCCCUGCAAGGAGAAUGCCGAUGGCAAGCGACUGCAGCGAAUUGGAGGCUACGGUAGCAGCAGCAGCAACAACAAUAACAACAACAAAUACAAUAAGAAACUCAUUUUGGAACAACAGCAGGCCUUUAAGGAUAGCAACAACAACAACAUUAUGAUGAAUAGCGGCAAUAUAAUGAAUGGCAACAACAACGAUUUCAAUACCAUCAUGAAUGACAAAGAGGAUAACAAUCGUCACUAUAAUCAUAUCAAUGCUCAAUAUACAUUCACUCCCGAAGAGAUCAAAUAUGAUAAUAAACAUUAUAAAUAUCUAAAAUACACAGCCUACAAGAAGGAAGCUAAAUACCAGGAGGAAAAGCAUAAGAUGCGCAAUUAUAACGAAGUUGUGGAGAAACAGCCACAAAAAUACAACAAGAACAAUAACAAUAAUAUGAAUGGCUAUCCAUCAAAGUCGGCUGAGUGUAAGCCCCAGCAAUUGACCGCAAUUGGCAAUCGUCUGCUUGACUGGUUCUCAGUGAUUAUGGCUGAUAGCAAGAAACGUCGCCAGCAUAACCAAAAAUCCAAGGCCCAUUUCCCGCCUGCCUGCAAAACCGAAGCCAAAUGGAUGUUUGGCCAUUUGGAUUUGAACAACGAUGGUCUGCUGUCCCUGCAAGAGAUGUACGAUCUGGAGCAUGAUCAGAAUGAGCGUUGCAUUAAGCCAUUCAUUGAUACCUGCGAUCUGGAUGCGGAUAGUUCGAUUAAUACCCGGGAAUGGUGCCGUUGCUUCGAGAAGACCGAUCGCCCAUGUGCUGCAGUGCGCCGAAGAAUUGCCGGCGACUUUGCAGGUGAGAUAGGGGCCUACGCACCCGACUGCGAUAUCCAAGGAUUCUAUAAGCCCACCCAAUGCCACAACUCGGUGGGCGUCUGCUGGUGUGUGGACAAACAUGGAGUGGAAUUCGCCAACACACGCACACGCGGCAAACCCAAUUGCGAAUCUGUGGUUAAUAAUGCUGCCUCGUUAACUUCCGAUGACGAGGACGAUGAAGGAGCUGAUGAUGAGGAUAGCGCGGAGGGUAGCGCCGAUCAGAUGCUGGUUUUCUAAAUGCCAAGUCAACUUAACAAAAAUUGAUUGGAAACUAUACAGCAGUUAUUCGCGGCUGGCAUCUCAGCAAGUCAGCAAAGCGUUAAAAUACAAAAAAAAAAGGAAAAACAAAAAAAAAAAGUUU